UAGCCCAACAACAUGAACAAAUUCUUCUCCCGUGAAUCAAUCUCACACUUCUUCUUCUUCUCUCUCCUCCCCCCUUUCUGGGUUCAUCGAUUCCACUAAUCCUUCCUUCAUUCAUUCAUUCAUCUUUUUCGCGCUUUUCCCCUUUCUCUCUCUCCUCCAUUUCCCAGAUUCUGUAAAUUUUUUAGGGUUUUGAUUUCAGUUGGAGGGAGAGAGAGAGAGAAAGUGUGUGAAAAAAUGUCGAAGAAGAAAACUUGCGGAAGCACCAUGACUCUCAAGGAUUUUCAUGGCGGUUCUAUCCCAUCUGACCUUCCUCUUCCUUCCGCACCUGGCGUGAUUGCGAGGCCGGCUGAUCGACCGGGUUUUGAUCGACAAAGCUCAUGGGGAAACCCAAUGGUGGGUCGAUCUGACCAUCGAUUGCGCCCGAGUUCGUCGGGUUCGAUUAGGAGUUUGGAUGAUAAUAAGACCCCUUUUCUUACUAGUACUGCUAACAUAGGUAGAAAUUUUGAUGAGGAUGAAAGGAAGCCGCUUGAUGGGGGUGCUUCUGCUCCUCGUAGGACUGUGAAUGAUGAUAGUAGUAUUGGGGUUUCGAUUCGGUCUGACCAUCGAGCUGAUGUUGGAAAGUUUUCUGGGCAACCGAGUUUGGGGCCUGUGGUGCCUCAUAUGGGGGGAUCUGGGGGGAGGUCUUACUCGGCUAGGGUUGUUGAGGGAGGCCAUUCGGGUGCUGGUGGGAGUUCUCGGCCAAAUGCGUGGGGUGUUAAGAAAGAGACUCGUGUUGUGUCUGAUGCCGGGCCAUCUUUGUGGAGUGGACAGAGUACUGUUUCUAAGUUUGCACAAGCAAGUGCACUAGACCAGAUUUCGUCAGGGAGAUGGCAGACUAAGCCAGUGCAAAAUCAGGUGGAUGUAGAAGUCAUUAGGUCAUCUGAUUCGCCUAAUAGUUUGAAUGGGAGGGAGAGUGACUCUUAUGGUGGUGGUGUAAACAUUUCUUGUGAAAGGGAAUAUAAUGACACUACAUUGGUGAGGCAGGUUGAAAGGGGUCUUGCAAUAGAAGACGGGAUUCGUGGUGGUUUUAAGGAGAUGCCUGGUGUUGAGAGGGUGCAUUCUCCAGUGCAGAAUUCUGUGCUGUUUACUAACGAGGGUCAACCAGCUCACCCUGAUGGAAAGUAUGGAGGUCCUCUGUUGCAGCAGCCUCCAGAAGUGUCUGAAAGGCCUAAGUUGAAACUACUGCCAAGAACCAAGCCUUUGGAUGUCCAAGAGCCAUCUUCUGUUGACUGUAGGCAGGGUUUUCAACAGCCAAUUGAUACUGGACACUCAGACAGAAUCCAUGGCAAUGCAAGUCAUGUGAAACCUAGACCAAGUAGUAGUGAAGCAAACCAGGGGAAACCUGGAGUAAGUGGCAAUGAAGCAGCUGGGCAUCAGGUUGUGGAGCGUCCAAAGUUGAACUUAAAGCCACGUUCACAGCCAGCUGACAAUGUAGUGGGAAAUACUCAAAGAGAAAGGAAGGCGGUGUUUGGUGGUGCUCGGCCAAGGGAAAUGAUUUUGAAGGAGCGUGGUGUUCAUGAUGUUGUCAACAGCCAUGAUGAAGCGCAAGGUCCAAGCGGGACUAAAAAUGAUUCCCCUCGUGCUGAAGUAGCAGCUCCUGCAUAUGGUAAUACCUCACGCCAGGGUGAAAGGAUCGAUAAUCUUUCCAUUGAUCAGAGGACUGGAAGAGGCCAUGAGAAGAGAGACCAAAGAGGAGAUAUUCAGAGAGCUGAUGUGCAAAGAAAGAAUUGGCGUAAUGAAAACUGGAGAAGUGGCCGAGACACCGAGAAGCAUCAGCAGGAGAGGCAAACUUCACCAGAGACUUGGCGCAAGCCUGUUGAACAGCCUAAGCCUAGUGACACUGACAAUUCUGGACUGCGUUUUGGAAAGGCUGUUUCUGCUGUUGAUCUUGCACAAGCUUUUUCAAGAUCAGUGUCAGGUCCCAAACCUGUUGAUCAAUUAUCUGGUCAAAGAGGACUUCCUGCUCAAAAGGGGCUCCCUGUUCGUUCACAGGUGCCCUUUUCAAGGCUUACCAGUUCACCAAGACCUCAGAUCAAUGGUUACUGAUUGGUUUAAGACAAUUGCUUGAGAGAUCGCUCGAUCGCGGGAGAGAGUGGACAGGAAUUUGCUGCUUGUGCUGGAUCAAGAGAAGUUGUGAGGAAAAUGAGCUUAGGAAUAUGCCUGAAACAUGGUGAAUAAUAAGGGGAUUUUCAGCUGUCUUUGCUUUUUUUGCCGGAUUGUUGAGUCCCAAUGAGCAAGGAAUUUGCUGCUUGUGCUGGAUCGCUUGCACAUUCGUUUUUCCUUGUCAGGUAGAGGAUUCAGGUCCUGUGAUAGGCAAGGAACUGACUGGUAGUUGCUCAGUUAUCGGCAAGUCAAAGCAGGGGGGUUUCUUCGAUAAUCCGCCUCAUACCCAUUUGAUAUGAAUGAUAUUUGGUUCAUUACUGUUUCAGAUGAUUACUUGGGUUUUUACAGACUUGCCUUUGAGCAUGUCUCUGAAAUGUCUUUGAUGUACUUGAAUGUGUGGAAAUCAAAUUUCAUUGGACUCAUCUUGAAUUUCUGGCCAGUAUAUGAGCUUGUGCAC